AUCGACCAGUAACAGCCGCUACGUAACCCCACCUUCCAACUUUGUACGAGUCUACCCACCUCGGUGAAGCACUUGAGACAACAAUCCCGUCCUCAUUCACAACCGCCUCCUUCAACACGGCGAUCAGAAGGUCAGAGCACCUUCGUUGCCUUCAAAGCUUUACUUCUUAACAGAAGUCACCUCUCAACUACUGAACGCAACAACGACCACUUGCAUGGGCACAGCAACUUUGGCAACACGCAAUCAUGUCAUCCUACCUUUCCAACCUCCUCACCACGACAUCCACCCGCUAUGCUUCUCUUCGCAACCUCCUCCCGGCUGGAGAAGCUGACGGCGAUACCCCAGACGAUACACACAUCUGCAGGGUCCUACGCGCCUACUACAUCGAGAAGGGCGGAGCCUUUCCACCUUGGCUGCCACCCGACCCAAAAGCCGCUCCACCCCCGCAGGUUCAACAACAAAACUACGGCGCACCUGUCGGAGCUGGAUAUGGCAAUCUUGCGAAUGCGGGUAGCAGCGGCAACAAGCUAACGAGCUUAUGGGACAACAAGGCUUCCUCGGGUUCCCCCGCACCGCUUCCAGUUAAUCAAAGCUUGAGGCAAGGGAGACCAGGUGGAUCUCCAGCGCUACGAGCCGGUGGUGGAAUGCAAAGAGGGCAGCAACAACAGGAAUACGUGGCUGCGCGGCCGUUGCCGAGUCAGAGGGAUGGGUCAUACCAGAAUUCGCCCGCCUUACAGCCCACGACCAGCGCAGGUUCGGCACAGGAUCGACUGAAGCAGAGAUUAUGGGGCGGCGCAAAGAGCAACAGCUCGUCACAAAGUUCACUGGAUCAAGUACAAGGACAACCGCAAGGGAGGAGCCCUGGGAUGAGCCCGGGAGGGAGCCCACAGCCACCACAACCACAGAGGGGUGGCUACGAAAGGCAGGAGAGUUAUAACAGUGGCAGAUCAAAUGAGAGUCCAGGCAUGUCCGCGAACUCGCCUUGGUCACAAGAUGGUAACGGAGCUGGACAGUAUGGAAGACAGGGACAGUAUCCAAGGCGGCAAGGCUUGUCCAGCAAUCCGAGGGGGUACAGAUGAGUAGAUGUCACAUGCGGGGUGAGAUAACGUUUUUUAUGAAUACUUUGAGCAAGGCGUUAGUGGCACCUGGGAGCAACAUGUUUAAAUCUAGCCGUGGGGCAGAAUAGACAGCCAUGCGGCGGAAUAAACAGCCAUUUUAGAUGCUCAUGCAAACUAAACUGCUCGUCUCUUCUCCAAGAGGUUCUAGUUAAAUUCUACCUCAAUAUAACUACAUGACUUAAAUUUCCCAACACUAUUUAUGAAAGCAUACUGGGUAGAAGGGCAGUUUUGUGGAUAUAAUAAGAGCUUCGGCGUCUCAACUUAAAGACACCAAUGUACUGAAUCAGCCAUCAAUUAUUAACAUCAAGCGGAAUAUACUGUUUUCAAUGCGUCGCGGACGUAGAAGCGAAAUUGCUA